GACGAAGACCAUGCAUGACGCAGACACGGGCUUUUCUUGGAAAGUCAGUACGCUGGCAUUGCACGUCAUCCAGCUCAAAACUUAGGCAGCUCCUGGCGGCUGAAAAGCCUCGCAAAACUGUAUGGCGGUCCUCUUUCACAUUGAAGGAUGGUGCGAAAGGCACAGGGUAGCCCCGCAAAGGCCCUCACUGCCCCUGCAGGGCAUGGCAUGUUUGAGGGCGUCCGAGCGGUCUUCGUCGAGGGAGGCAUCCUCGGCAAAAGAAUUGAGAUAUGGAAGAAGCGGCUGAUCGGCCUGGGGGGCCAGGUGCUGGACCCGGGCAAGCGCAUUCCAAGGGAGGCGACGCACAUACUGGCGGCUGAUGCGGAGCGGUUGAUCAAACAGUAUGGCAGGGAGCAGGUGGAGGAGUCGCCGCUGUUCCUUGUAUCGUUCGGUUGGCUGGAGGAGAGCCUCGCUCAAGGGAAGCUUCUGCCCCCCAACGCAUACCGCGUCUUCUCCUCGAGCCGGUCCGGCUCCGCUGGCCGUUCCCCAGCUCGCAGCCGCUCGGCAUCGCCGGACACCGCUCAGAGCCGGGGGGGCAAUCUGCUAGAGUCGCCCACGGCUAGCGCGCAACCCCCUGCUCCGAAAACACCCGCCACCUCUGCGCAGAAGCGUUUGCGUGAGGCGCAUGAGAGGGCAGAAGACUUAGCGGCAGAGGUGCGAGAGGACAAUGAACAGAGUGGGGCAGUCGCUCUGGUCGGGGCCGAAGACGAAGGCGGGGAAAGUUCGGAAAGAAGAGAGGGGGAAGGGGGGCAGGGGUUCGGGUUACAAGGGGACUGGAGACCAGGGGGGGGGGACAAACAACUAGAGAAGUGGGGGGAGGUCAGGAACGACGUCACCAAGGAGAAAGAAGCCAUGGGGAUCCGGCCCUUGGGGUCGACUGCUGAGGCGAUCGGUCGGGAAGUCAUGCGGAUCGAACCUCCGAGGGGGAAUGCAACCGAGCAGCCCACCCAUAGCGGGGGGGGUUCAGAUGAAGAUCACGAAAUUCUGCUCCGAGCGGCAAAACGGGCAAGAAUUGAGGGGGCUGACAGCGGGAAGCCCCAGGGAGGGUUAGAAAGGGCGUUGGUCGAAGUUAAUGAGGAAGGCUUUCUGGAUCUGCGGGAGAACCAGACGCCUGCGGGGAUGGCGAACCCGGAGCUUAACCGGGGGUUACUGAAGGUGCUGGGGGAGCUGAAGGACAUCUACCGGGAUGCGUUCGGGGAUGAUCGGCGGUCCUUCAGCUACUACAAGGCCAUUUCGGUGGUCGAGAACCUGUCGUUCAAGGUCACCAGCGCAGAGCAGCUCAAGGGGCUGCCUUCCAUCGGGAGGAGCCUUCUGGACGUGGUGAGGGAUAUUUUGGGCACCGGAACGACCCCCCGUUUGUUGGCCCUCAAAAACGACCCCAUGGUGCGCGCGCUCUUUGAGUUCGGCAGCGUGUGGGGCAUCGGCCCCGUGACGGCCCGUAAGCUAUACGACAUGGGGUACCGAAAACUUGAGGAGCUCGAGAAGGAGCCCAGCCUGACCCAGGCGCAGCGGACGGGGGUCAAGUUCUUCUACGACAUCCAGCAGCGGAUCCCCCGCCAUGAGGCGGCAGAGAUGGAGGCGCUCGUACAGCGCGUGGCGACCGAACUGUGCCCGGGGAUCGAAGUGCUAUGCGGCGGUUCGUACCGGCGGGGAAAAGCCACGUGCGGCGAUAUGGACAUGGUCCUAACACACCCCGACGGCCACAGCCACAAAGGUCUCCUUCCCAAGCUGGUGGCGAGAUUGAAGGAGAUUGACUUCGUGACGGAGGACCUGCUGGUGGGGCCCAGUCACAGCGCGGAUGACAGCGACCACGGCGUGGACACCUACUUCGGCUUGUGUAAAUACCCCGGCAGGGAGCUCCGCCACCGGAUCGACUUCAAGGUGUACCCUCGGGAUCAGCACGCGUUCGGCCUGCUGGCGUGGACGGGGAACGACGUCCUCAACAGGAGGCUGCGCCUGAUCGCGAGCGCGCAGCAGUUGCACCUGAACGACCACGGGAUGUACCCGGCAAUCUACCGCGAAGGUGAUAGCGUGCACAACGUCAGCAGGGGCUCGGAGUCGGUGCCGUGCUACACCGAGAGGGACAUCUUCCGGACUUUGCGGGUCAAGUACUUGGAGCCCAAGGAAAGGAACCUAUAGAGAAGGGGGGGGGGCGCCUUGUGACAUAGAAGGAUGUGCCAAAUGGGCAUGUAGAAAGGAGGUUUGGGAAAUUGCCCAUGGUUGGUUUUGUAAGGUCUGAAUCAGGUAAUGUGAAAAGGGUUUGAAUUUGUAUCUCUGCACGCGUUAGAUCAUUUAAUCAUUAUCACCAAACGUACAUAGAACUUCAACCAAGGUACAUCAGGUAAAUCGUAGCACCACCACCGACUUCAUAAUUCGCGGACAUUCCCGGAGUCAGACCUCAUGCGGAGGUGAACUAUUCAACGAUCUUGUAAGAGAGUUGUGAGCGCACAUUAG